CUGGAUAGUUGUAUAUACGUUGAUAUCAUCCUCCUCAGCCUAAGCGGAUAACUUUUACUGUCUCCCAAGAACUUAGUGCUGUGCUGUACACACACUCUCCUAAACUGAAGUGAAGUCACCACUAUGGAGGAGGAUCAGCAGCACGCCCACUGCAUCAAUUGCGUUAGUCGGCGGUGCAUGACCCGGCCGGAGACUGGGAUUUCCUGUGACUUGAUUGGCUGUCCGUUGGUUUGUGGAGCAGUUUUCCACUCGUGCAAAGCAGAUGAGCAUCGCAGUCUGUGUCCACUCGAGCGAGUGCCCUGCUUAAACAGCGGUUUUGGCUGCCCUUUCACAAUUGCCCGAAAUAAAGUUGCCGAACAUCUAGAAGCAUGCCCUGCGAGUGUAGUGUGCUGUACAAUGGAGUGGAAUAGAUGGCCAGUCAGCUAUGCAGACCGGAAAUCCUACGAAAAUCUUAGCAGGGAUGUUGAUGAAGUAGAACAGCUAGAUAUGGCCUUGGCCCUCCAGGACCAGCGCAUGCUCUUAGAGUCUCUCAAAGUAGCAACCAUGAUGUCAAACACAACUGAUAAAGUUUCGGAAUCCAGAGAACAAAGUUCUGUUAAAUCGAGUGUCCCCGACAUACCCCACGCUAAUGGCUUGGUGUCUGUUGAUGAAGAAUCUUAUGGGGCACUUUAUCAAGCUACUGUAGAAACCACCAGAAGUUUAGCUGCUGCGUUAGAUAUCCUGAACACCGCUACAAGAGAUAUCGGUAUGUUAAAUACAAGACUAUGUGCUACCCCAGGUGAGAUAGAUGAAGAACAGGAGGCCACGGAGAGCUUCGAGAGUAGAAACUCAAAAGAUCAUAAAUACCCAGAUGAAGAUGAUAUGGGAGCAGUUGGUGGAAUUGACCACAGUGUUUUGAAUCCAAGUUUCCAGGGAGGGCCCAACAGCUGCAGUGACUCAAAUACUAGCUUUGACAGCACUACUGCUUUGUGUAAUGGCUCGUAUGUAGAAAACAGGUGUUCAGAGGUGAUGGACCAGAAUGAGGGUUCAAGUAUUCAUGAGGCAGAACCACCUAGCGUGGCAAAUGGUGAAUGUAUGUCUUCAGAAGAAGGGACUUCCAAGUCUUUCAGCUCACUCCCGAGGGCACCACAAUUGAAAGAUGCGGUACCAUCCAGCCCUUUGCCCAAUGGCAGAGUUCAGCGCAUCCUCUUGCCGGAAGACAGAAACGAAGAGGAGAUGUUGGAGAAGAAAGUAGAACAAGAGGGAUUGAGGAACCUAGAUGUCUUAUCUUUACUUCGCCGCCAGCCACUCAAAUUCCUUUCUAAUCCAGGUUGGUUCAAAGAUAAAGCAGUUGAUACAUCAGACUUGGAGAUUGCAGAAGACCCCAUGGGUCUUCAGGGAAUAGAUCUAAUCACGGCUGCUUUACUCUUCUGCCUAGGAGAUUCUCCAGGAGGAAGGGGAAUAUCUGAUAGCCGUGUUGUUGAUGGCUAUCACAUUGACUUUGGAACUCAGACUUUUUCCCUUCCAUCUGCAAUACUAGCCACAAAUACAAUGGUUGGGGAAAUAGCUUCUGCUUCAGCUUGUGAUCACGCCAACCCACAGCUGUCAAACCCAAGUCCUUUUCAGACACUUGGUUUGGAUUUAGUCUUGGAGUACGUGGCUAGAUAUCAAACCAAGCAGCGUUCAAUGUUUACAUUUGUUUGCGGACAGUUAUUUAGAAGAAAAGAAUUUUCUUCUCAUUUUAAGAAUGUGCAUGGUGACAUCCAUGCUGGGCUAAACGGCUGGAUGGAACAGAGGUGUCCUUUAGCUUAUUAUGGGUGUACCUAUUCUCAACGUAGGUUUUGCCCCUCGACACAAGGAGCAAAGAUUAUACACGACCGCCAUCUGAGAUCCUUUGGAGUCCAGCCUUGUGUGUCUACAGUAUUAGCCGAGCCUGCCAGAAACUGUUUGUUGGGUUUGCACGGUGACCAUCUAAGUAGUCUUCCUUUUGAGGUCCUCCAGCAUAUUGCUGGAUUUCUGGAUGGCUUCAGCUUGUGCCAGCUUUCAUGUGUAUCACGGUUAAUGAGGGACGUGUGCGGCAGCCUUCUUCAGUCCCGCGGAAUGGUCAUACUGCUGUGGGAAAAGAGGAAGUACCCUAAUGGAACUUCGUCGUGGCAGAUAAAAGAAAAGGUAUGGCGAUUCAGUACUGCAUUCUGUUCUGUCAAUGAGUGGAAGUUUGCUGACAUCAUGAGCAUGGCUGACCAUUUGAAGAAGUGCAGUUACAAUGUUAUAGAGAGAAGGGAGGAAGCCGUCCCCUUGCCAUGUAUGUGUGUUACCCGGGAACUCACUAAAGAAGGACGCUCACUGCGUUCCGUCUUGAAACCUGUACUUUAAGUAUGGUCACUCCACUUGCACAUACACUCAAGCACCUAAUGUAACCUCUGUGUAAUAUGUGACACUUUAUUAAUGUACUAAAGACAAUGUCUAGUUAAAUCUCUUCUGUCACUAUGUACAUAAUGUUUUGAAGUGACAUUUAUUUUUUAUAAAAUAAGUACUGUUUAGUUGGAAGAAUGAAAAUUGCCUUAAUGUUUGAAAGGUUUGAACUUUUUGGAACUUGCUGGACAGGGUCAGCUUUUUUUUUUUUUUCCAUAAGGUUUGUUCUUCUGACUCUCCAAUUGCCCGUAUCUUAGUGGAUAGACUUUUCAGAAUUCGUAUUUGAAUGGUGUGCUUAUUUCAGAUCAUACGUUUUAGAGUGACUUCUACUAACAAGAUCCUGACCAAACAAAUCAUUUUGUACUGGUUUCCUGCAAGUUGUUACCUGUGUAUUCAUAAACAGAUGUUUAUUCAAGUUUGCAAUAUUUCUCUUUUAGCUAUGAACACUAAAUUUAAGCACUGCCAUGCAAAUUUGGGGAAAUCUUUCAGUUUUGCCUUGUGCUCUCCCUAUAAAUUGUUGAUAUACAAAUGACUUGGGUUGUGCACUUUAAAUGACUUCAUUUCUUAAAAUGGUGUGACUAUAUGGGAAUAUAUUUUUAUUAUAAUAUAUUUUGUGAUAACCUGCAGUGAUGGGUUAUUCUCGUGUACUUCCAGGAGUCAUACUUGAGAGCAAACAUUAUUCUUUACAUAUAAUGUCCGGCUACUAAUCACAUUGUGGUAACGAGUUAAAAAAUAAGGAAGAUUAACAACUUAUUUUUAAGGUCAUUGUUUACUUCAUUUGAAUCUAUUCAUAGUGUUAUGUAUUCUGCUAUGGAUGAGAAAGGGAUGAAGGAACACGCCUCAUUUGAGGAUUGAAAAUAAGCAAUAUCAGAUGCCUAAUAUUAAUAUUCAGAAUGCAGCAGCUAAUGAAAGGGCUUCACUUGUUGAAUGUUUGUAUGUAAAUUUUAUUGAAUUUCAUUUUUUGACUUGUUGAACUGCCGCUAGAAUGACUUGAAGGGAGAUUUAAAAAUACCAGUGCACAAGAUGAGCUGUCUCUCAAUUGCAUAAAUCUAUCUUAAUGCAUGGCCAUCCUUUUAGUAAACUUUCUCCCCGCAGUCCUCAAAAACAGGAAAUAAAAAUAGCGUCUCUUUGAACAAAAUCCAAUGUUUGCGGAAACAUACCCUGGGAAUAUUAUAAAUUCCUUGAAUAUUAUUUCAGUAUGGCUUGCAGCCUGGUUUAUAUAGUUACUUACCUGAAAUGUUUAAAGGAGAAAUAAGAAUGUACCAGCAAUUGGGAGAAUUAACCGGCAAGAAUGUGAAACAGCCAAGUUCUAUUCUAAUUUUAUCUCAGUAAAUUUUUGGCAUCCUGUGCCCCUGAAAUGGUGAGAAAUAAUUAUAAUACUUGUAAGUUCCAAAAACUUUAAUGUGUUUGUUUUCUUUUCUUCCUCUUCUGGGAGCCUGUUGGAGAGAGCUGCAUAUUUCUCUGGCUGUUUCCUGGGUUUGUGAAGGAGGGAAAAGAUGAUACCAGUUGGGUCAUUGCUGGACUUCCCCUGAAACCAUGAAGCUUAUCAGUGGAAAGCAGCUUCAGAAUGAUCCUGGUGGAUUUCUUAUAUGCACUUCUGAGAAUUUCCUGAGCCCCAGUUACUUUAGGCUUAAAACUAGCCAGAGGGGCUCUUGCCUAGGCUUCUCUAAUUGACUUACAGAUUGUGAUUUUUUUAUUCAGGGAAGACCCAGUACAUUAAAGCUGCGCUCUCUUUAAACUUCUUCCCUGGGUGAUUGACAUUUAGUUAGGGAAAACCCAUUCUUGUAUUAGGAUGCUGAGGACUCGGAGUGCGCUAUAUUUUUUACUCGGUUCUUGAUACCCAUAUAUGGCAAUCAAGCUGUGCAGAGGCAUUCCUUGGCCUCUGGAGAGGAGUUCUGCAACUGCUGAGGCUUGUUUUGGCUAGAUUGGACCCUUAGUACACUUGAAAAAUAUCACAGUCGAAAAAGCAAUCACCUUUUCUUCAGUCAUUCGUCAAUAGUACAGUACAUUCAAUACUCAGUACGUGCACUUUUGUCUUUCAGCUAUCCGCUCCUGAGUUGCAUUCAUUUCUUUUUCUGUUUUUAAUUAAUAAAAAUCCAGAGCUUUUAAAAUUUCAUUUUUUGCCUUUUAAAAUGCUGGAGAUGCAGAAAGUGGAUAUAGCUAGGCUAACACAAGCAUUGCCUUUUUUCUUUGUUUUGAGCUUACACAGAUUCUGAAAAUGUGUUUGGUGGGCAAACUAGACCUCUGAGUUUACAUAUGCCCGCGAGAUGAGUUUAGAAGUUUCCACCUCAUUACACUUCCUUUGCCACGUAUUUACAGCUAUUCCUAUUUUGUUUUGUUUUGUGUGAACCACCGUACUACCAUGUUAAAAUGUUUGUUUUCAUCACUCUGCAUUCUGUUAAAAUUUUAAUAAAAUUAAAGUGGUGUUUCUUUA